AUGGCCCAGAAGUCGAACAGGACAUUCAAGAUUCGAAAAUCCGCUUCAACAUUGGCUAGGCUAAUAAUCUGGGAUGAAACACCAGUGGUUCAUAAAUAUACUUUUGAGGCUUUAGAUAAGAUGUUAAGAGACAUUACGGAAUGUCAAUUACCGUUUGGUGAAAAAGUAAUUAUGUGUGGAGGAGAUUUCCGACAAGUUUUACCAAUAGAACAGAGAGGAACAAAAGACGAUAUAAUGAAGCUAGCAUUAGUGGAAAAUAUGAGAGCUAAAUUAGAUCCUUCAUUUUGUGAUUAUUUGUUGAACAUUAGGAAUGAAAUUGAGAGAAUACAUUCAUGCCAAAUGAUUACGCUUCCUGAAGUUAUUACCAUCAAUAUUGAAGAUGAAUUUAAAUCACUGAAAAAAUUAAUUGAGAUUGUGUUUCCCAAUUUUCAGACAUAUGGAAACAAUCUACAUAAUAUGAUUAAUAGAAUUAUCUUAACCCUAAAAAAUAAAUAUGUAGAUUUAAUAAACAAUAUGUUGCUUAAAGAAAUUCCGAGAGAGAAAGUUACAUAUUUUAGUUUUGAUGAAAUGAUUGAUAAAAGUGAAGAAUUUAUUGAUGAAGAUUUUUUGAGCAGUCUAGUACCAAACAGCUUUGUGCGUCAUAUAGUUAAUGUGAAUACAAUUGGUAAAGCAACCGAUAUUUAG